CCCCGACCCAGAUGCCUGGCUGAGGCAUAGGGUGUUGGGCGGGGGGCACCAGGGAGUCCUGGGCUGGGCUGUGACCUAGUGCGGCAGGAAGCUGCGUCUCCCUGUGUGGAAAGAGGUGGGAGUGGGGCGAGGUCCCUGCCUGGGGAGGGGUGGGGCAGGAGGGUGCUGCGAGGAGAACGGGCUCUAGGAGAAGUUUACGAACCGCCUGGCGCUCCCCUGCCUUGGUGUGCUGCGCUGACUUGCUGCCCCAGUGCCUGGCUUUGCUCCCUGGGCCUCCUGCUCACCUGUGCUGUGUGGAGCAGCCCAGCCCAUGUUAAGUGCCCUUCUCCUGGAGCAAUCGUGGAGGGGUGGGGUGCAGGCCUGCAGGAAGCAAUGGGAGGGGGGUUGCUAAACAGGGGCAUCUGAAUGUCACUGCUGCCCUGAAAAUGCCCCCUUGUCUCUGGUCGCUCAGCAGCUCUGCUUUCCGGGCAAUGCCUGCGCCCUCGCGCCCCGGCCCUGCCGCCCUGCGAGCGCCGCCUGCGCCCCUCCUGCCUCCUAAAUGAAUUCCGUCUCACCUGCCUCAGUGCAGUACGUCAGCCAGGACGAGCGGCACCAUUCGGACGGCAGGAAGCUCUUUAACCCCAGGGCCGGGAGCCAGGACGGGGGCUGCAAUGGGCUGUUUCCCGGGGGGGCGCCAAGCGGCCAGCCCAGCGAACCUGACGAGGUGGACAAGAUCAAAAGCAAGCUCCUCUCGGCCUGGAACAACGUGAAAUACGGGUGGACGGUCAAGACCAAGUCCAGCUUCAGCAAGCUGUCCCCUGUGUAUCUCUUCGGCCACGUCUAUCGCUUCGAGGUGGAGGGUGAGUCGCCGGCUGCUUUGGCUGGGGGCUGCUCCACUGGGUAUUUCUGGGGGAAACGGGGGGCCCUGAGGACGCCCUGCUACGCGUGGAGCCCACCCUCUCCCGGGAGUGCCUGUGGGACGCACCACCUCUACCUCUCCCGUUGCGUAGAUUGGACCUGGCACGACGCCUUGUUCACCCCCAGCCUGGUGGAGCCGGAGCCCUUGAAGCCUGCCUCUCCCUCCUGGCCUGGCAGCGCCAGCCUGCAGCAGCUGCCCGUGGAAAGAGGCAGUGCCCCCUGGGGCAUCUGGGCCUCACAGCGCCCCCUUAGCCUGCAGGAGCUGGAGAAGGAGCGCCGCCACCGCACCAUCGUCUCGUGGUUCGCCGACCACCCCCCGACUAACCCUGCCCUCUGUCCUGUGGCCCGCGCAGUGUACAAGGGGGACGUGGCGAGGCUGGCGUCGGGGAGCGACGGGCGGACCGAGCGGAAAGCUGUCGUCAUCCUGGUGCCCAUGCGCUUGGGCGGGGAGGCCCUCAACCCCGUCUAUGUAGACUGCGUGAAGGUAGGGUGCGGGAGGGGGCCCUGGGCGGAUGGGGGAAGAAAGGGGAGGCAGGACCUGCCCAGCAGCACCCUUGGGCGCUUGCCCAGCCCCCGCCAC